AUGGAUGUCAGGCCGAAUACGUCUGUUACUGUGAACGGGACAGAAGAGGAGGGUUCUAGGGGAUACGGUACCGGAGAGACUAUCGCAAUUUCGGUCACCAUCAUCACCAUCAUACUCAUGACGGUUCUGGGAAACUUACUGGUCUGCACGGCAGUUUUCAUGGAGAGGUCGGUCAGGAGGGUCCAGAACUGGUUCAUCGCUUCCCUGGCCAUCAGCGACCUGGCCGUAGGACUGGUCAUCAUGCCUCCGGCCCUGGUGAAGGAACUCAUGGGGUACUGGUACUUCGGACGGGUGAUGUGCGAGGUGUUCCUGGCCCUGGAUGUCUUCGCCUGCACCGCCUCUAUCCUGAACCUGUGCAUGAUCAGCGUGGACCGGUACUGGUCCGUCACACAGGCCGUGCAGUACUUCAAGAACACCAACUCCAAACGUGCCGGCUGUAUGAUCGCCGCCGCCUGGGUCCUGUCCGCUGUCAUCUCCCUCCCGCCGCUGGUCGGCUGGCAAACCAAGAGCCCGAACGGAAACGAAGAGUAUCCACAGUGUGACUACAGCGACAGUCCAGGGUAUGUGUUAUACUCAACUAUAGGCUCCUUCUACAUUCCUCUCGCUGUCGUAGUGUUCAUGAACAUUCGCAUCUUUAGUAUAGCGUUAAAGAGAGUGAAGAAGCAUCCUUCGUCAAGACCAGUAGCUACCAAGCACAAACCUGAAGCCGCAAGCGUUAACAUAGCUCCUAUUGCCCUGAAGUCCAUAUUAAAGAAAUCAAAUACAAAGGAAGCUCCGAAAAUGACAGAAAGUCCGAUAGGUGUGGAUUUAAACAAACCCUGCAUUAAAGUAACGAGUGCCCGAGAGGAGCAACAGAGUCCGUCGAGAGAACAGUGUACAAACGGGGAGGUUGUUUGCGAGAACGGCCUGGUGGUUCCUGACGGGGGCUCGGCAGCACGGCGCGGGAGGAGAGUCAAGGUCGGUCCGGUCUUCGUGGAGGAGAUAACGUGCCACGAGGCCGGGUCUUGCCCGCCUCGCGUGGAAUCGGACAUGGCGACCGGCGGUCUGCCGUCCCAGUUUGACGCGACGUCCGUGGGGCUGGACAUCGCUGACGGGGCGGAGGACUGCACCUCGCGGCCCGACCGGAUCCGGAGGAAGCUUCGGCAGUCCCGCGAGAGGAGGCUGACUGUGGUGAUAGGUAUCGUCAUGGGGGUGUUCAUCCUUUGCUGGGUACCCUUUUUCGUUUCUUACGUUGUUGUGACGGUUUGUAGCACUUGUUCCUUGAACAAUGCCCUAUUUACAGUGUUUGUAUGGCUGGGGUACUGUAACAGUGCUCUGAACCCGGUCAUCUAUACUGUGUUUAACAGGGACUUUCGAAAAGCUUUUCGCAAAGUUAUCUUUGGUCGCUUGUUCCGUCAAUCAAAAUGCGAGCAAAGCUCGUAUGUCUAA